GCACUCAUCUUUCUCUUUCUCUUUCUCUAAAAAAAACUAUUUUCUUUAAUUAAAUGAUUUCUUUUUCUGCUUCUUUCUAUCUUGCAAAAUAUAUACAAUACAAACACACCACCCACAAAGAAGAGGGAAAGAAAGAAAGAAAAAUGGCACACACAACUCAUCAUCAUCAGAAAAACAAAGAAAGAGUCCACACACACCACCCAUCUUCAAUGGCCCAGUUGGACCAAAAUUUAUGUAAAAAAGAGUCUUGAAAGAUAGAGAGAGAAAGAGAAAGAGAAAGAGAAAUCAUCAGUGAGAUAGAUAGAGAGAGAAAGAGAGGGGAGAUGUCUUCAAACUCCAACCAAACCCACCUCACACAUACACAUACACAUACACACACACGCACAAAAACAAAAUUCACAUACAGACCAAUUAAUUAUGGUUGUUCCACAAAUACCCUUCUGCAACCCCCCAAAAAUCUCCAUCUUCAUCACUCCAUUGUCUACCAAACGAACCGAUAUAUGUGGGCUUUUUGGGGCUUUGUCUUUGGUCAGAGUUUCAUCACCAACAACAGAGAAAACAGGAAAAGCAAGAACCUUCUCACCCCCACACCCACACACACCCAUUCAUCUUUCUUUCUUUCUUUAAACUCUUUCUUCCCCACACCUCGCUUUCUAUCUCUCUCUCAUCUUCAUAUUUCCUUCUUCACUUUCUCUCUCUUCUUUUAUCGAAUUACGAUUUUUUUUUCAACAAAGUUGAGAUCUGAUGAGUAAGAAGAUGAAAGGGGUUGCUUUUGAUUCAUCUCCUCAUGUGUCUUAUGAGGACGCUCGAGCAAGAUUUAAGCAUCAAACCCUCCUCCAAGAUUACCGGGAGUUGGAACAGGAAACAGAGGCUGCAAGAAACAAAUUGGAGGCCAUGAAGCAAAAGAAGCAAACUUUAGAAGCUGAAGUUAGAUUCUUGAGGAGAAGACACAAAUUUUUAUUGAAAUCCAAGUCUACUACAACUUCACAACAAGUGAAAUCACAUAAUUUAGAAACAACCCAAUUCAGAAAAAGCAAGAAGGAAAACGUCCACCCCAAAAAGGCAAAAACUUUACACAAUUUGCCCCCGAUUCACAACCUAAAUCAAAGGGGAAGAGUGUAUACAGAGAAGAAAAACGUUAAUCCAAGUCGACCACCUCAUGGGGAUAAAAAUGUAAAUUUGCAUAGUGUCAACAUGUCGCCGGUGACUGAAUUCAAUCGGAAAGAAAACGGUUUUGGUGGUAAAGAAGCUCGGGUUCCUAUAUUUGACUUGAACCAAAUAUCCAUUGAAGAAGAAGAAGAGGAACACAAUGAUUUAAAGCUAUCGAUUUGUAGAAAUGUUGGGGAUGCUUCAUCAAAUAGAGCAGGGAAGAGGAAGAUCUCAUGGCAAGAUCCUGUGGCUUUAAGAAAGUUUGCGUCAGUCCAUAUCAAGAUGGGAGAAGAAAUGCCUGAAAUUGUUGCAUUUAUGAAGCUGGCGUUAGAACAGGCUAAAAUUGCAUUUGACAGUCUUGAGGUGCCUGUGGGAUGUGUUAUUGUUAUGGAUGGGAAGGUCAUAUCAUGUGGAAGAAAUCGGACUAAUGAAACAAGAAAUGCUACACGACAUGCUGAAAUGGAAGCUAUUGAUUUUCUGCUUAAGGAGUGGAAAGAAAAGGGACUUACGAAACAUGAAGUUGUUGAGAUGUUAUCAAAAUGCUAUCUUUAUGUUACAUGUGAACCAUGUAUAAUGUGUGCAUCUGCCUUAUCAUUUAUUGGUAUAAAAGAGGUGUACUAUGGUUGUGGGAAUGAUAAAUUUGGAGGGUGUGGAUCAAUAUUAUCCUUGCAUACAAAUACAUCGGAUAGUGGUGAAGAUGUUGGGAGGAAAAGUUACAAAUGCACGGGUGGGAUAAUGGGUGAAGAAGCAGUUUCUCUUUUUAAAAACUUUUAUGAGCUUGGAAACCCUAAUGCUCCAAAACCUCAUCGCCAACCGAUUCAACAACCAUGA